GGUCUGCCCCAGCCCCUGAGCACUGGUAACGCCAGGACUCCCUCUUUUGCAGGAAGAAGAUCACCCAGAAGAGGAGCGGGCUCUUUAUGAUCCUGUGCCUCAUCUUCGUAGCCGCUCUCGCUGGGGCCUACUGCGGGACCUCGCUGCCCGUGAGGGUGCUGUGGGCAGAGAAGGUGCCACAGGUGCUGCUGGAGCAGCCUGUGGGCGAGCUGAAGGCCAUGUGGAACGCGGUUGCUCUGCUGGAGGAACAAGCCCAGGAGGUGCAAGAGCUGAGGAAGGAGAUGGCGUGCCUGGUUGCACAGAUGAGCCGUGUGAAGAAGGAACUUGAGGACAUGAGAACGGCAAUGUCUGCGAUGCCUUUGGAAGAGAACGUCCCGGUGUCUGCCUGGGCUCUGAAAAGCACAGGGGUCACCAUCGACCUGCAGAGAUCACCCAGGAGCUAUGCAUGGCCCUGCCGCGUGUUCCGGUUCCUUUGUGAUCUGAACCGUCCGAAUACUUUUGUGCAGCUGGACGUUUCCCCGGGAUACUGCUGGCCUUUCCAAACGUCUCGGAGCCAGCUGGUCAUUAGGUUGCCCGCACGAGUCCAACCAACCGCGAUCACUGUGCAGCACCCCUUGAAGAAGUCCUCUGCGCUCGGGGACAUCAGCAGCGCCCCCCGAGAUUUCACCGUCUCUGUAAGUCUCUGCCAGGCACUUGGGACCGGGCGCUGGGGAAAAGCCGUACGGGGGACGUGCUAGUCUCUGCGCAUCCGCUGAGCGUCAGGUGCUGGUCUCUCCCGAGCACUGCUGUGCCCUGAGGGGACAUUUCAGGGGAGGUGCAGGGGGGUGUCAUCCCAUCUUAAGACCUGCUCCGUGCGUUUUGGCCCGACAGCUCAGCUCCACUGCAUGCUGCGCCAGACUGCGCUGGAGCCGCGGGAGAGGGGGCGGGUCGUGGGCCCAGGUCCGGCAUGCGUGUUUUCUCACGGCUGGCUUGGGCCUGACCUGCUCCCCUGUGCUUUCUCUCCGAGGGAGAGGAUGAGGAAGGAGAAGAGGGAACUCUGCUCGGGACGUUCAGCUACGACAUAGAGAAAGAGCCGACCCAGACCUUCCCUCUGCAGAAUGAGCUUCCCAGAGCCUUUCGGUUUAUCAGGCUUGUCGUACGGAGCACCUGGGGAAAGUCAGGCUACACCUGCAUUUCUCGAGUGCAGGUUCAUGGGAAUACAAUGGGAAAGAACGCCAUCGGCCAGGCAUGAGACGACCUUCUACUGUAAAAAUAAAAAAUGAAAAAACCGAGAAGAAAUCCCCGGAGCAGAGGACUGCGGCUGUUAGUCUGGAGGAGAGCGAUGUCCUUCCACGGGCCCUCUCAAAGGCCACACGGGGUCUAGACAUAGCCGGGAACCUGGGCGGGCCUGAGAGGCGUGCGGAGACCUGGGCGAAGGGGGGUGUCCGUGAGGAAUUCCGUGCACAACCAGGGAGAAGCUUCUCUGAU